GCCGCGUUGCUAUGACGACCUCCCAGGCGGCGGCGGCGGCGGCGGCGGCCAUGGCGGACGAGGAGUCGGAGCGCGACAGCGUCCACACCGGCGAGUCACGGGAGCUGGGCGAGGAGCUGCAGCAGGACCUGGCCCAGCUCUCCCUGGCCCAGCUCCUCACCUUGGUGGAGGACACCAGCCAUGGCAACUCCAUGCUCAAACUCGAGACAGACAUGUUUGAGAAAUAUUUCAAUCGGAUGGAGACAAGGGACAUGGCACCAGAAAAACACGGCUCGUCACUGGAUCUGGGACAACUGCAAUAUGUACGAGGCAGACGCAAGUCUAAAUCCCGGAUAACAGCGGACCGUCUGAUGUGCCUGACGGUGGAGCAGAAAUGUGACCUAGCACAACGGGAGCUGGAAGAGACAAAGGAAGACGUUCAGCGGAUAAAGGAGAACUCAGAAAGGACCUUGCAGAACUACCUGGCUGUCCUAGAAGAAGCAGACAUUCGCAUGGCUGACAUUAAGAGAGCCACCUUGGACUUCGACAAAGACAUAGUCAAAACCAUAACCAAGAGGAAAGGGAGCCUCAUUGCUUCCGAGAAGGUGCUACGAUACAUGGAAGACAAGAUCCGUGCCAGGGAUGUACAGAAAGAGAAAAUUCGCUUGAAAAACGAUUCUCUGAAAGUUCAGAAGAAGAAGAUGCAGAUGCAGCUCAAGCAGAAGGAGGAGCUGGGGGAGGCGCUUCAUGAGGUAGAUUUCCAGCAGCUGAAGAUUGAGAAUGCCCAGUUCCUGGAGAAGAUUGAUGAACGGAACCAGGACCUGCUGCAGCUGAAGUUGACCGUGGGCAACACCCUCCAGAUCCUCAACUUCUUCAAAAAGAAGCUGCAAAGUGCAACGGCCAUGGCUACCCUCCUGGUGAAAGACAUUGCCCAAAGAAAGGAGUCCUUGGAAAAAAUUGCACGCGAAGCCGUCGUCGUGGAGGAGGAACGGGUCACAGCUGAAGUCCUGAACAAAAAGCUCCGGAGGCAGCUGGCACAGUACAGAGUGCCCCCUGUCCUCAACUAUGUCCAUGAGAAAAUGGCCGUCCAUGAACUUGAAAACACCAUCAAGAUCUGGGAGAGGAAGGUGGAAAUUGCAGAGAUGGCCUUGCACAGCUACUGCAGUAUCUGGCACAAGGCCAAGGUGGCCAGUCAUCAGCUGCAGGCUCUUCUCCCAGAGCAAGUCACCCGCUGAGCCAUUCCGAGGGGCCAAGAGGAUUUUGCAGAGGGCCUUGGACGAGAGCAGGGACCCUUCCGGCAGGGCUCACGCUCCCUCGGCUACGUUUGGCCUUCUUCUCCUAGGCCCAGGGCCUUACAAGACCCCUGCAAUUGUUGAUCCCUUUCCUUUUCUGUUCCCCUAU